AUGGCCAAUUCUUUAAGAAGAGAAGUACUGAAUCUUUAUAAAAAUCUGCUGUACCUUGGACGCGAUUAUCCGAAAGGAGCAGACUAUUUUAAAAGGCGUCUGAAGAAUGUUUUCCUUAAAAACAAAGAUGUGAAAGACCCAGAGAAGAUCAAAGAACUUAUUGGACGGGGCGAAUUUGUAAUGAAAGAGCUAGAAGCCUUAUAUUUCCUUAGGAAAUACAGAGCUAUGAAACAACGCUAUUAUUCAGAUACUAAGGAAACUAACUAAUCAUUACUAUAAUUUGACUCAAAACCAGUGCCAGCUGUUUGUGUAUAAUAUAAAAUUAAUCCUAACUUAAAUUACAACAUAUACAUAUCAUGUAAAAAAUACUUAAACUGCCUUAUUGAAAACUGGUUUCAACUUCAUUCUGAGAGCUGCAUCAGCAACCCUUUAUGCACAAUUUUAUACUAAAAUAGAAAUGUAGAUGUUGCCAACUACAAAUUAUAAACUUAUGAGCAUUUACCUGAAAAUGAAAAAAAUAAUGUAUUUAAAAGUUUUAACUUAAUAGGUUUUUGCCAAUUAUUCUUAGCCCAUUUGUCCAUUUGACAGUGCCACAUAAUUCACAUGUAACUAGGCAAAAUAAUUUCACAUUUAUUCUCUUAAUUUUUAAAGGUGUAUCUUAUUUUUUAACCCAUUUGGUACAUUAGCAAGGUUCACUACAAAACAAGUAACACCUGCUGGUCAUGAUUUUAGUGCAGUUACAGAAAUAAUAUAUAUGAAGAUUACUUCUGAUCUUGCAAUAGCCUGCCAGUGAUCGGCAUUACAUACAUACCUAUUCAAUAUUUCCAUUAUUUUGCAGCUUGCCCCUUUUGGGCCUUAAAACAAUUCACCUGUUAUGUAUCAAUUACCUUCUUUGUUAAAAAGUAAUAAAUAAUGUUGUAUUUUGUCAUAAAGGUAGAUCUCUUUUGCACCUACUUCUAAAUGAGUGAACAUGGCAAAGGACUUAAAGCUAAGAUGGUCUUAAGCUUAAGCAAACACUUAAACCUUUAUAUAGUGUUCACAGCACCUUUCAUA